AUGUUAUCCUUUGAAGAAGUUGCGAAGCACAACUCCAAGACUGAUUGCUGGGUCAUCAUUCAUGGAAAAGCAUACGACGUAACGGACUUUCUCAACGAGCACCCUGGUGGAGCCGGGAUCAUAUUAAAGUACGCAGGGAAAGAUGCAACGAAGGCCUUUGAUCCCAUACAUCCUGGUGACACCUUGACAAAGUACUUGCCAGAGAAGUACCAUCUCGGUGCUGUUGAAAAGAAGGCUGCCGUCAAAAAGAAUCCAUCUUCUAAGCCUAAAGUUGAGGACGCUGCUGAUUGCAACAAGUCAGGAACUGAACAUGCUGACGUGGUAGACGAGUACGAUGUGGAAUAUGACGAGCAAGAGGAUAAAGCUCCGUUACCACUCGCGAAAGCAACUCAAGAGGAAGGAAUGAAUUUGGAUGAUGAAGAGGAUGAUGACCCACCUUCUCAACAUGAGAUCCAGCGAAGAAAGCUUCUCGAAUUGAAACCGGAGAUCGGCCAGAUUUACAAUUUGCACGAUUUUGAGUAUGUGGCCAAAAAUACCAUGGAAAAGACCGCUUGGGCAUAUUACUCUUCUGGUGCCGACGAUGAGAUUGCUUUGAGAAACAACCACUUAUCUUACCAAAAGAUUUAUUUCAAACCGAAGGUUUUGGUCGAUGUGUCUCUGAUUGACUUGAGUACCACUAUGUUGGGUACCAAAACCUCAGUUCCGUUCUACAUCACUGCCACUGCAUUGGGAAAACUUGGUCACGAAGAUGGUGAGAAGGUCUUGACAAGAGCAGCUGCAAAGCAAGACGUAAUUCAAAUGAUUCCUACUUUGGCUUCAUGCUCUUUUGAUGAAAUCAUGGAUGCGGCUGGGCCGGGGCAGACUCAAUGGUUCCAGUUAUAUGUUAAUUCAGAUAGGAAAAUUACCCAGGAAAUCGUUGAACAUGCUGAAAAGAGAGGAAUUAAAGGUUUGUUCAUCACAGUUGACGCACCGCAGUUGGGUAGACGUGAGAAGGACAUGAGACUGAAGAAUAUUGAAGAUUUGAGUCAUGUCCAAGGAGAAGGAGAUGAUGCUGAUAGAAGUCAAGGUGCUGCAAGAGCCAUUUCCUCCUUUAUCGAUACUUCUUUGAACUGGAAGGACCUCGAAUGGUUCCGUUCGAUUACCAAGAUGCCAAUUAUCCUCAAGGGUGUCCAGUGUGUGGAAGACGCCUUAAAGGCUAUCGAGUAUGGUGUUGAUGGUAUAGUUUUAUCUAACCAUGGUGGUCGACAACUUGAUUCGGUGAAAGCUCCAAUUGAGAACUUGGCGGAGCUCGCACCAUUGUUGAAGAACAUGAAUUUGAGUGACAAGAUUGAUAUCUUCAUAGACGGAGGAGUCAGGAGAGGAAGUGACGUGAUAAAGGCAAUUUCUUUAGGUGCCAAAGGUGUGGGAAUUGGGCGCCCCUUUCUCUACGCUAUGUCUACUUAUGGUGUUGAUGGAGUCUACAAAGCUAUUCAAAUACUUAAGGAUGAGAUGGUCAUGAAUAUGAGAUUGCUUGGGGCACCCUCGAUCGAUGUUUUGGACGACUCAUUUGUUGACUUGAGCGCACUUAAUCGGAGCAUUCCAGAUGACAGAUUGUUCUCCUCUGUCUAUGAACAGCUCGAGCUUCCAGAGUUCAAGUCCAAAUUGUGA